AUGUCCUGCUCCCUGGCGGCGAGCGGGCGGGAGGAGCCCGGCGGGGCGCAGGGGGGCAGCCCGGUGCCGCCGCCCCCGUACGGCGCGGGGGGCCCGGAGCCGGAGCUGCGCGGGGCGCUGGACUGUCUGGCCUGCGCCGUCCUGCUGAGCGCGCACAACCUGCUGGCCGCGGCGCUCUGCGCGCUGCUCUGCACCCUGGUCUGCGCGGCCGCGCUGCUGCCCGCGGGGACCGCGCUGGGGCUGGGCUUCCUCUGCCACUCCAAGUUCCUGCAUGCCCAGGUGGCCCCGUGCGAGGCCCAUCUUCACGACGCUGGUGCCACGGCCCUGCUCGUGCUCGGCUUCACCUUGCUGCUGCCGCUCCUGGUGCUGGGCCUGGCCGCCUUCGUCCGGCUGGCCCGGCGGCUCCAGCUGGGCUACUGCCUGCUGCCCUACAGCCUGGCCGUCUACCGGCACCUGCCCGCCGGCCGCUACCACCAGGCGGCCUGGUGCUGCCCCCGGGCCCGUGCGCACGCCCCGGGGGACAAGGUCUGGGUGUGA